GUCCAGGGCACACCGCCGCUUCGCGACGACCGCCAUCGGCAACCGCUCGCUGUCGCUGCAGUAGACUAGCGCGGACGCUCCCUCCCUCCCUCCAUCCCAAUCCGUCCCCUUCACUUCACUCCCAUUCCCAUUUCCUCUCGCUCCCACCAAGACCAACCAAACCCCUGUUUCUCCCUCAAAACCUCCCUCUCUUUCCCCCCCGAAUGCUCGAGCGCUGCGCGGCGGAAUCCCCUACUCCCCUCCGAUGAGGCCCUCGCCGCCUCCCGCCGCCCCGGCGGCGGAACCGGUGCCCCCGUGGCUGAGAUCGCUGCCCGUCGCGCCCGAGUUCCGCCCCACCGCCGCCGAGUUCGCCGAUCCCGUCUCCUACAUCCUCAAGAUCGAGCCCGCCGCGGCGCCGUACGGCAUCUGCAAGGUCGUGCCGCCGUUGCCCCCGCCGCCGAAGAAGGCCACCUUCUCCAACCUCUCCCGCUCCUUCGCCGCGCUCCACCCGGACGACCGCUCGCCGUCCUUCCCCACCCGCCACCAGCAGGUCGGCCUCUGCCCGCGCCGCACGCGCCCGGGGCUCAAGCCCGUGUGGCGGUCCUCCCACCGCUACACGCUCCCGCAGUUCGAGUCCAAGGCCGGCGCCACCCGCAAGUCGCUCCUCGCCGGCCUCAACUUCCCUGCCUCCAGGCAACUCACCCCGCUCGACCACGAGGUGCUCUUCUGGCGCGCAUCGGCCGACCGCCCCAUCGUGGUCGAGUAUGGCAGCGACAUGUCGGGCUCGGGAUUCUCCCCUUGCGCCGCGCAGCCGCAGCCGCCGCCGCAGCAGCAACCGACGGCGCGGGCGGCGGCGCACCUUGGGGAGACGGCGUGGAACAUGCGCGGCGUGGCUAGGAGCCCCGGAUCGCUGCUGCGGUUCAUGCCGGAGGAUGUCCCCGGGGUCACCACGCCGAUGCUCUACGUCGGGAUGAUGUUCAGUUGGUUCGCGUGGCACGUCGAGGACCACGACCUGCACAGCCUCAACUACAUGCACCUCGGGGCCGCCAAGACGUGGUACGGCGUGCCGCGCGACGCCGCGCUCGCGUUCGAGGACGUGGUGCGCGAACAUGGCUACGGCGGGGAGGUGAACCCCCUAGAAACCUUCGCUACAUUGGGGCAGAAAACAACAGUGAUGUCCCCUGAAGUGCUUGUGGAGUCGGGUAUCCCCUGCUGCAGAUUGGUGCAGAAUGCAGGGGAAUUUGUGGUCACUUUUCCAGGAUCUUAUCACUGCGGUUUCAGUCAUGGAUUCAACUGUGGGGAAGCAUCAAAUAUAGCUACUCCUGAAUGGUUGAGAAUAGCAAAAGAGGCAGCAAUCCGAAGAGCUUCAAUCAAUCGUCCUCCCAUGGUUUCGCACUAUCAAUUACUUUACGAUCUCGCACUGUCUAUGCGUUUUAGGGAACCAUCCAAUGGUGAAAUGGAGACACGGAGCUCUCGAAUAAAGGAGAAGAAGAAAUGCGAAGGGGAACAACUGGUCAAGAAGAUGUUCAUCCAAAAUGUUAUUGAAGAUAAUGAACUGCUUAGUCAUCUUCUAAAUGACGGAUCAUCUUGUAUUAUUCUUCCAGCAAAUGCCCAUGAUGGUCCUGGUCUUUCUACUUUGCGCUCAACAGAUCAAUCAAAUAUGAAUUCCAGAAUAUCACAUAACCUAUGCAGUAGGGAAGAAGCUCCAGAAGCCUCAGGAUGCUUAUCGCCGAACAGGAAUGGUGAUACCAGAAAUUGUAUUUCAUCAGAUACGCAUAACAUGGAAGGUGAUAAGGGAGAUAUAAUGAGCGCUACUGGAUUGUUAGAUCAGGGUCUAUUAUCAUGUGUCACUUGUGGAAUUUUAAGUUUUUCAUGUGUGGCUGUACUCAAACCAAGAGAUUCUACAGCACGAUACUUGAUGUCUGCUGAUUCUAAUUCAAUUAAUAACCAGCUUUCUAUUUCUGGAGGGAGUAUUCUGGCAGAUGCGCCAACAAAUGAAAGGAAUGGUGUCAUUUCUCGUCCAUAUUCUGAACACUGUUGCAACGAAAUAAUGGCCGAUGAUGCAGAAAUCGAUAAGAAUUCUGCUCUUGAUCUCUUGGCAUUUGCUCAUGGGGGUCAACCAGAUCCUGAAGAAGAUCCACUGGAGAAAAUACUGAAGAUUGCACAUGGCAUUAACAAAUCACAACCUAAUAGUUCAAAUAAUGUUGGUUGUGUUGGAACAAAGCUGUCCUCAAGUAGCACAGAGCGCCAAGAAAGACCAUCUUCCCAGAACGCUCAUUGUAAUGGUAGCUCAGUUAUUUCAAAUGGACCGAAAGGUGUUCGCACGAGAAAUAAGUAUCAACUUAAGAUGGUACUUUCUGAAGGUUUUCAGGCAAAGGAUAUCUAUUCUGCGAAGGAAAAGAAGGUUCAAUCAGAACCAUCAAGCUCAAAAGGGGAUGUUAAGGAGACAAUUGAUGUUAGUGGCACAGAGAACGAUGUCGGAUGUAAAAGCACUACAAUCUCUGUCAGUGAACACAGGGGUUCUACAAAGAAUAUGUAUUCAGUGAAGGAAAAGAAGGUUCAAUCGAAACCAUCAAGCUUAAAGGGGACUGUUAAAGAGACAGUUGAUGUCAGUGGCACAGAGAACGAUGCUAGAUGUAAAAGCAUUACAAUCUCUGUCAGUGAACACAGGGGUUCUACACCUAUGACCAAUAGUUUAGCUGCAUCAAUCGUGAAACCUGACAAGGAUUCAUCAAGAAUGCAUGUAUUUUGUCUUGAGCAUGCUAUUGAGGUUGAGAAGCAACUGCAUGCUAUAGGUGGUUCUAAUAUUAUGCUUAUAUGUCGUCCAGAAUAUCCCAAAAUAGAAGCGGAAGCAAGAUUGUUGGGUGAAGAAAUGGGACUGGUAUAUGACUGGAAGGGCAUUCAUUUCAAGGAGGCCAACAUGGAGGACAGGCAGAAGAUACAGGAAGUUCUGCGGGAUGAGGAAGCAAUACCUACAAGCAGUGAUUGGGCUGUAAAAUUGGGUAUUAACCUUUAUUAUAGUGCAAAUCUGGCCAAAUCUCCUUUAUAUAACAAACAAAUGCCAUACAACAGAGUCAUUUAUAGGGCAUUUGGCUGUGAUUCUCCUAAUGACUCGCCAGUAAUGUUCAAUACUUGCGAAAGGAAACAAAGCCACCAGAAGAAAAUAGUGGUUGCUGGCCGGUGGUGUGGGAAAGUAUGGAUGUCAAAACAGGUCCAUCCAUACUUGGCUCACAGAGUUGAAAGCCAGGAAGCGGAAGAAGCAGAUAGAAUCUGUUCUUAUCAUUUUGAUGAGAAGCACAAAGCUGAGCCAGUUGGGAAUUCUAGUAGAGUGGAAGCCUCCAAAAGAAAGAGUAGCAGUUUGACAGACGUAACAGAAUCAAGCAAUAGAAGGGGGGAAAUACCUGGUGAGGAAACAAACACCAAGAGGCCCAAACAUUCUCAAGAGAACAAUCUCAGAGCUUUGGAAACCGCUGCUGAAGUUGUGGUGCCCUCACCAGCUGGAACAGGUCUCCGCGUUAGCUCCAGGAUUGCCAACAGGGCAAACAAGCUAAAAUCAAAGAUGGAAAAGGAGGAUGUCCCUUCUAGCCGUCCAAAGUCUAACAUAAAGGAGAAAAGCAGUCAUGCUAGCGGUCAGAAAUCAAAUGUUCAAGAGGCGAAUGCUAAUUCUGCUAGCCAUUUGAGAGCAAUGCCACCAAAACAGAAGGCUGAAGCAGAAGCAAAGAAGCAAAUAAGAACUCCAAAACCUCCAAAGCAAGCAGUGGAGUACUCGUGCGAUAUUGAGGGUUGUUCUAUGAGUUUUCGUACAAAGCGGGACUUGUCUCUGCACAAGAGUGAUAUCUGCCCAGUGAAAGGCUGCGGGAAGAAGUUCUUCUCGCACAAGUAUCUGCUGCAGCAUCGCAAGGUUCACACAGAUGACCGUCCGCUAACAUGCCCAUGGAAGGGCUGCAACAUGGCAUUCAAGUGGCCAUGGGCAAGGACUGAACAUCUCAGGGUUCAUACAGGCGACAGGCCCUAUGUUUGCCAUGAGCCAGGUUGCGCACAGACAUUCAGGUUUGUCUCAGAUUUCAGCCGUCACAAGCGCAAGACAGGUCAUUCUGUCAAGAAGAAGAAGAAAGCAAAGAGUUGAGCUCGUAUUACAGCAAGCUAGUUAUGGUAGAACCGGACGCAGUAGGAGGUAGUUUGUACAUUCUACUUCACUAGUUUAGCACUGAUCUCUCUAUCUGACGGAUUCUGUUGGCACCACAAUCGGUGUGCUUUGUGUUAGUUUAUAUUAGUUUUCAUGAUUACUAAUUCUCCUAGUUAGCCUUGCAUCCCAUCAUAUGUUUGAUGUACUGACACCAGCACUUGCUUGCAUGGUUAACUAGCAAAUUCUAAUGUUAUCUUCUCUUUGUAUUUA